AUGUGUCAUAUCCCUUUUUUAUACGAUUUCUUUCAGCCUGUCGAUGCAGAUCGGAUGAGCGACGACGCUCUCGCUGCGGACUGGCGGACUAGCCAGUCCUUUCCUCGGCAGUCUUCUCUGAAAGUAGGUCUCGUAUUAGAUGCCUGAGGGUAUGUUCAUAAUAAUAAGGCAGGAAUCGCUUCUGGUGUCAAAUUAGAGCCGCCGGAAACCGGGCCAGAUAGACCUCAGCUAGUUAGGAGAAUAGAAAGAUACGCAGAGGCCUUUCCUCCUUUAGGUUAACCACUAUGUUCUCCUAUCCAACCUUCAUCCCGACUCGGACGACCGAAGGGCACAGUGGCGUGAAACGGCGUAAGUUCGACUGGUCGCUUCUUUUUAAUUGGUGUCCUAAAUGUUCUCGAAUGAGGUGUGUUUUGGACCUGUGAAUAAAUCUGUGGUUUGUGACACGAUCUUGUGAAAUUAACUUAAUUUACGCUCUAAAUUGCCUUUCUUUUGUUGUAGAGAACUGCCGGAGAACUGUGUCGGCAGUUCGAGUUGGGUAAUCAACGAUUUGGCCCAGCCUCCGCCGAGGCCUCCUUUGGUCCGCCAACGAUCCUCGGACUGGGACCACAUGAGAUUUAAUCGAGUUAAGACCAAGAGCAGCGAGACAUGGCCAACUGGACUAGACAAACAUGGUAAGAGCUCUUAAAUUAAAAAAUGUUGCGCAACAAUGGCCAAGAGGGGCCUUAAAAAAAGAGUGUCCGAAGAGUAAGAGAACGGCCCCUGGAUAAAAGGGCCAACAAUUGGGGGCUCAGCGCCUUGCGAUCAGUCGAGAUGAAUGAGAUUGAUGGGCUCUUGCAGGAUCUCUCUUCCCUUUCCCCCGGAGUCCCCACAUUCCUUUAUAUAGGGUGCUUUUGUUAUCACAGUACCUCCGAAUUAUACUUUUAUUGUUCUCUUUUUGCAUAGACGACAUGGUUAUUUUGUCAUCAUAGGACUAAUUUUUUGGGCAAGACAAUAGUUACGUGUGUUUUCCAUACGCGAGGUCACCUUUCUAGAAUUUUCAUUGUCUUUGGCGACAGCCUUUUUUGAUGGCUGUCGAACUAAUUCAGAUUAAUUGCACCAAUUUAUGACAACUUGCGGCAUCUUCUAGGGGAUAUAAACAGAUUGGGCCAAAGAUUUUCAGAUUAACUGUUUCUGGACCACAUCAAAAAAAUUUGAAAGUCGCUUGAUGGGCGCGCAAUGGGAAGGUUGAAUUUAAUUAUGGGAACGGCCGCGGAGGCCAUUAAGCGUCCCAUAAUCUGCUUAAUCACUCCCUGUUAGAAGUCAGAGGAAGAGUUGAUAAAGAAAGAAUAAGGUCCCAUACUCAGACACUUCCAGAGUGCAUUUCACGCCCCAGGGCUCGUUUUUUCCUGAACCAUUCGAGUUGUUUUUUACUUCUGCCUUCAAAUGUCCUAACCAAAACAAUAGAAAUCACUUUCCGGUUUCACGGGCCAUAAGAUUUGGAAUUUAUUUCGCCCCCCCCUUGAGGCAAUAACUUUUGGAAUUUGAAUCCGGCCUCGUCUUUCCUUUUUUGUGUCGAGAGGUUCCGGUCCCUAAGAACCCCGAGGUUUAUGAUGUUAAAAAAGACCAGAACGAGGCUAAUAAAAACCUGGACAGCCCAUAUACAGUGCGGCCAGGCUCGCAUGCCCUUAGGGCUUGUCUUUAGGAGGUCGUCCGAGAGUGCGGAAGACCGGGCUGGACUGCUUUAACCUGUCUGCCGCAUUUAUUUUCCUAAGAAUUGUGCUCUAUCACGCCAGCACCAUCCAAAGCAACAUUUUCAUUGCUUGUGUUCCGUGUCGAGGCCCAGUUUUUGAUGGUGAAAUGGUGGAUUACAGCGAUUCUAACAAGACGACCCUUAGGCUGUGGUCCCUCAAUGAGAAUGGGCAACAAAUAAGCAGGGCGCAGAGAAUGAUGCGUCCCAAGAUCUCACUGGACUCGGCUCCAGAAGCGGCUACAGAAUCUCGUUUAGGUCCCGAGCAUUCGCUGGAUGCAGAUGCCCGAAAACAUCUCUGGUCCAUCUCCCCGACGGCCUUCCAUCAGAGCUUCGACGACCGAUUGAAGGGAUGCGAGGAGGCGGUCCUCUCCAAUUCUUGCAGCAACAUCGAGGAACAGGUAAUUUGCAUAUCCCCGGAGGCAAUAUCUGACCAUUUUCGAGUUUCAACCUCUUUUGAUGCGGUUUUAUGACAGGGAACGGGUGUUUUCGUUGAUUGGAAACGGAUUAUUUUUCCCAUCCGGUACGAGUUUCCUAAUUAAAAUAUAAAAUGACGUCAUUAAAAAGGGCAAUGAUCGGGAAAGGUCACCGUAUCUUGUUUUGUUCACUUAGCGGCUUAUUUAGCUAAAUAUCAGCAAAGAGAGGAGGGCUUAGGAACUCAUAAUUUAGAAUUUAAUGGGCCCCAAAUGCCGAUAUAUGGAUGGUUAGUUAUAAAAAUUGUUUUUCAAUCCAACCCAAAAUCAGCAACUUCAGUCAAAAGUUAGUUUUGGACUAAACUGAAAACUUUCCAUGGUUUCGAUUGAAAGGCAUUUUUUUCGUGAAACUUUAUGUCCUUCUUGGACAAGAUCCGCCGGAACUUAUUCCAAACUAUCAACCUGUCUGGAAAAUAACGGCGCGCCGCGGCGGGUCGUCGUGCCUUGGAAUCGCCCAUCUUGCUUUACGACGGCAAGCCGCGGCUGCGGACUUGAUGCGCGACUGCACCCUCUUUUCGAUGAGGCGAAUCAUUUUGCUGCGACCCGACGUUAUUUUCCCGACAGACUGAUAACGUUGGAUGGAAUUUGCCGCUUUUGCCUGAAUUGAGAAAUAGAAUUUAUAAAUACAUACAUAUCUAUAUAAACAAGCCCUUACAGGUACGCCGAAAUCACGGGCGACGGACACGACGAGCAGCAUUCUGUUCGGGAGAUUCCAGCAAAGGACCCAUGGCUGCGAGUUAUGGCUUCUCCGGCAACGAUGGUAAGAUGAAGAACACCGGCGGGGUGGAAGGGGAGCUGAUCAUUGCUGUAAUCCUAUACAUUCUGAGAAAGGAUGAGAAGACAAAAAAAAGAAGUAAAGCGUUACAACGCGGCUCUCAUCGCAGUGACACAGCCAGCGGCAAUUAAGUCUAGGUUGGGCUUCUGACUUUAAUUUGAGUUCAGUUUACGACCUGAGGGCAUGGCCCGAAGAAGUCGUGAUUGAAUUAAAGAAGUCACUCUUGGCCACAUUUCUCCACUUUCUUCCGUUUUCUCGGACAUUCAGGUGUCCUUUUAUUGCAACAUUUAAACAGUAAUCCAGUUUGGGAACGUGUUACAAGAUUACUUUUUCCAUUUACCUCAGAUCUCCCUUUUGGUUUCCGUAAUCCCAAAAUUAAUUCUAAUGCGAAAACUACAUUUGCCCCAUGAAAUACGGAAGUAUUAAAACGGUAUUUAAGAAACAUGACGUCGACCUCCAACUCGCUCCACCAACUCCGGACCGGCUCCACGUUGAUGUUGUUGGAGCCGAGGGAGUAUGAGCUGCCUCCGCGACGUUUAAGUGCGAGUUCGGCAAUGGGUCCCCGCUCCCGUCCCACCACGCCGGACAUCCCGGUUUGUCCCAUCCACAAAUUCGGCCCCUACAGUCCGUCAUCUUUCUUAGAGCAAUGUCUUGUUUAGGUUUAUCCUCAGGCGGGAAUCGUCCCCCGAAUCUCGGUGGUCGCUCGCCGCAAUCUUCGUUCGAUUCAAACGGAGAUGUGGGCCAAGUUACGCUGAAUCUGAUGCGGGUCAAUGGAACAAUGCCAGGUUUUAAGACGUUGCUGGCCUCCAGUAAUUCUCCGGGUACAUUGCAGCGAAAUCUUCAAGGACAAGGUAAGAGAGUCAAUGAAUGCUGACAAAAAUAGUUUUAGCCCGUGAUUCGUUGGCCAAGAUUAAUACGGGUGCUCCAACUACGACGCCUCAGGUCAUUUGUGGGGAAUUUGUGAAGAGAAAAGAGAGUUUGGGGCGUCCGAGGAAGGAAUCAGACGCCAUCCGGAUUCUGUCAGAGAAUGGUAACCAGUGGUACCUUUAUUAUAUUUUCUUUUCUCUUUCUUCUACAGUAGUCUGUAACCAGACAAGGCAACCCCGAGAUUUGUAUUCUAAUUCGGGGAUUAUCAUGAAACCAGCCCGCCCUCAAAGUCAAGUCGUCUUGGCAACGGCCCCGCAUUGUGAAGGUUACCCGAAUCCGGCCUCGGAAAAGUAA